CCUUCCUCUUUCGCCAGCGCGUCGCCUUCUCCGGGUUUCGCUUGCCUGCCCAUCAUCCAUCCGCCACCAGUCCGCCCAAUCGACAUGGCCGUCACCGAGCUCAAGAACCUGGCCUACGGCCCUCUGCCCCGCCAGUCGCUGGACCUGUACCUGCCCGCCUCGGCCGAGAGUGCCCCCAAUACCAUCGUCCGGCCUUGGCUCGUCUACAUCCAUGGAGGAGCCUGGCGUGGCGGCAACAAGUCCCAGUUUGAGUUCCUUGGGCGCUUCUUUGCGUCUCGCAACAUCCCGACGGCAUGCGUCACCUAUCGCCUCAGCGUCAAAAACGACCCAGAGUCGCCUCGACACCCCGUCCAUGUGGAGGAUUGCGCCAAGGCAAUCGCCUGGCUCUCGCAGCCCAACGCAGCGUUCGCCGCAUUUGCCCCUCCAACCAAGCUGUACCUCUGCGGCCAUUCGGCCGGUGGUCAGAUCACCGGGCUCCUGCACCUCGAUCCUCACUUUCUCGAGUCGCUGGGGGGCAAGGCCCUGUGGUCGUCGGUCAAGGGCAUCAUCGGCGUCGAAGGCAUCUACGACAUCCCGGCGCUGAUCGCCCGCUGGCCGAGCUACAUUGACUUUAUCGACAUGGCCUUCACCAGCGACGUCGAGGUCUGGAAGAAGGGAUCGCCUCAGUUCUACACCCUGCCGUCCGAGGGCUAUCCGCUCACAAAAUACCUGGUUAUCCACAGCACCGAUGACGAGCUCGUCGAUCUCGACCAGAGCAUCGACUACCAUCGCCACCUGCAGCGCAUGGAUCCUGAUGCACAGUUAGACACGAGUCUGACGGGCACCCACGAUGACAUGCUCAAGACGGACCUGUUCCUGGAGAGGGUGCACAGAUUCAUCAUCGAGUCCGAAGCCCAGUAGAUCUCUGUGAGAUCCACGCCAAUGGGUCAAGUUGAUUUGGGCUGGGUCGGAUACGGAUCGUUCUGGGUGUGGUGCGAUGCGAUGCGACGAAAUAUAGUCCUUGCACGAGGAAGAGAAAUGGAGCAGCGUGCUUGUGUGAUGCACCACGAGCGGGCUGUAUCUGCCGAGUGUUCUGGGUCAUCGUCAUCAUCUUUGGUGCAAGCGAUGGAUAGGC